UUGAAGAAGAUUUAUCUGCCCCGUAGUAGGGUUGAUAGAGAAGAAAGAAGAAUAUACUUACUGCGACAGAUAUGACAAAGACGUCAUACUCGGAUCGGCGGACUUGUUGAAGAAGAUUUAUCUGCCCCGUAGUAGGGUUGAUAGAGAAGAAAGAAGAAUAUACUUACUGCGACAGAUAUGACAAAGACGUCAUACUCGGAUCGGCGGAAUUGUUGAAGAAGGUUUAUCUGCCCCGUAGUAGGGUUGAUAGAGAAGAAAGAAGAAUAUACUUACUGCGACAGAUAUGACAAAGACGUCAUACUCGGAUCGGCGGAAUUGUUGAAGAAGGUUUAUCUGCCCCGUAUAGUAGGGUUGAUAGAGAAGAAAGAAGAAUACUGCGGAGGUUGCCCUGAUAUAGACAUACAAAGAGCAAAAUAUGUGAUGUUGAUCGUGUUUACUGAUUGUACAACAUACGCUACAGCGGCAAAUGGUUGAGCAGUCAUUUUGUAACACUGAUCCAGAUCAUGUACCAAUAAAUGAUUUAUUGGGUAAAGGCGCCAUUGUGUAUAUACUGAUUGUAAUCAGCUACCAUGCAAUGCACGGCAGCGAUUGGUCUUAAAUUAUCUGCACGUGUGUGAUACAGCUAGUGGAUUUCCUGUAAGAAAGGCAACCGGGAUGUUCUACUAUUUUUACAAGCUCCAAAGUCACUGCUGUCAACAUGAAUAGUGGAGGAAAACCUAGAGUCUACAUAACUCGUAGGAUUCCCAAAGAGGGUCUUGAUUUACUCUCGAAAGCGUGUGAGGUUUCAAUAUGGGACUCUGAUGAUGCCGUCCCCCAAGAUGUCCUUCUCAAGACCGUGCCAGGGAUCAGUGGUCUCUACUGUCUCCUGUCUGAUCGUAUCGAUGCUGCAGUCAUAGAUGCGGCUGGACCGGGUUUAAAGGCCAUCAGCACCCUCUCUGUAGGCUAUGAUCACAUCAACCUGGACGAAUGCAGGAAGAGAGGGAUCCGUAUAGGUUAUACCCCAGGUAUUCUGACUGAUGCUACGGCCGAGCUUACUGUAGGUCUCCUAUUAACAACAUCGAGGAGACUUGCCGAGGGUGUCACCAAUGUCAAAAAUGGAGGUUGGGGUACAUGGAAGCCCAUGUGGCUCACAGGACCAGGUCUUCUUAACAGCACAGUGGGUCUCGUUGGACUAGGCAGGAUAGGCAUGGCAAUCGCCCAGCGUCUCAAGCCGUUCAGGGUCAAGAGGUUCCUCUACAGUGGCAACAACAAGAAACCGAAAGCAGAUAGUCUGCCGGCUGAAUUUGUUUCCUUUGAGACCCUAGUGAAGGAGUCUGGUUUCGUGGUGGUUAGUUGCUCCCUCAACGCUCAGACCAAAGGGCUCUUCAACAAACAAGUCUUUGAGAAGAUGAGCUCCAAUGCUAUCUUGGUCAACAUUAGCAGAGGAGCUGUUGUGAAUCAGGAUGACCUCCACGAGGCUUUGACCACUGGUCAGAUCAGAGCAGCUGGUCUUGAUGUGACCACUCCAGAACCUCUACCCACUGACCAUCCACUCCUCAAACUCGAUAACUGUGUUGUCUUUCCUCACAUCGGCAAUGCCUCAGAGGAGACAAGGAUAGCCAUGUCCAUCCUCACGACACGGAACCUAUUAGCCGGUCUCAUGGGCGAAGAGAUGCCAGAAGAGGUCCAAUUGUAAUGCAGGUCGGACUUAAAGGUAUAGACCAGUUUUGGAAACGCCCCCCCCCCCCUCUCAAAAAAUGAAAUGGA